AUGGCCAACAUGGCAUUGCUCUCCCUGGCCACGGCGUUGCUAACAGCGUCGUCUGCGGCCACCGGAGCGUCCGGGAAUCAGCGGCCGGAGGCCGACCGCGUGACCGGGCUCCCCGGGCAACCGGAGGUCGGGUUCAAGCACUACGCCGGCUACGUCGACGUCGGGACGGGCGGCGACAGGGCGCUCUUCUACUGGUUCUUCGAGGCCGAGAAGGAGCCCGAGAAGAAGCCCCUGCUACUGUGGCUCAACGGAGGGCCCGGAUGCUCUUCCAUCGCCUACGGCGCCGCCCAGGAGCUGGGACCGUUUCUGGUGAGGGGCUACGGCGAGAGGCUCACUCGCAAUCCCUACGCGUGGAACAAAGCUGUGAACCUGCUGUUCCUGGAAUCGCCGGUUGGCGUGGGGUUCUCCUACACGAAUAAGACGUCGGAUCUGAAGCAGCUGGGCGACCGCGUGACGGCGGAGGACUCGUACACCUUCAUGCUCAACUGGCUCGACAAGUUCCCGGAGUUCAAGACCCGCGAAUUCUACAUCUCCGGGGAGAGCUAUGCUGGGCACUACGUCCCGCAGCUCGCAGAUCGCAUCUACGAGGGGAACAAAGCGGCGAGCAGGGACAGGAUCAUCAACCUCAAAGGUUUCAUGAUCGGGAACGCGGUGAUCAACGACGAGACGGACCAGCUGGGCAUGGUGGAGUACGCGUGGAGCCACGCCAUCAUCUCCGACGAGCUCCACGCGGCGGUGACGCGGGAGUGCGACUCCUUCAGGGAGGAGGCCGACGGCGGGAGGCCGGGCAAGGGCUGCUCGCCGGCGGUGAAAGCGUUCAUGGGCGCCUUCGACGACAUCGACAUCUACAGCAUCUACACCCCGACGUGCCUGGCGUCCGCCGCCUCGCCGGCCGGCAACUCCUCAGCGGCGCGCCGGCCGUCCAGGCUCGUCGCCGCGCCCCGCCUCUUCUCCCAGCACGAGGCAUGGCACAUGAUGAGGCGUGCGCCGGCGGGGUUCGACCCGUGCACGGAGGCGUACGUGACCAAGUAUUUUAACCGCCACGACGUGCAGCGCGCGCUGCACGCCAACCGGACAAGCCUGGCGUACCCAUACUCGACAUGCAGCGCGGUGAUAAGUAAGUGGAACGACUCGCCGGCGACGGUGCUCCCCGUCCUGAAGAAGCUCAUGGCCGCCGGACUGCGCAUCUGGGUCUACAGCGGGGACACGGAUGGUAGGGUGCCGGUGACGUCGACGCGGUACAGCAUCAACGCCAUGAAUCUGCGGCAGCGGGAGAGGACCAAGGGGAUGGGCGGGUGGCGGGCGUGGUUCUACCGGCAGCAGGUGGCCGGGUGGGCGGUGGAGUACGAGGAGGGGUUGACGCUGGUCACCGUGCGCGGCGCCGGCCACCAGGUGCCGCUCUUCAAGCCAGCCAGCUCGCUCGCCAUGCUCUACCACUUCCUCCGCGGCCAGCCCCUGCCCAACACCUCCCGCCCACGCUAG